AUGGUACUUUCCAUAACCACCACGCAAUAUACGGAAACGCACACGACCACCGUCAAUGGGCAUGUACAUACCAGAGAAGAAACCACCAAGAUCAUAGUGAUUGAACCCGAACAUACAGUCAAACCUAGAAGUGGAAAUAUGAAUAGGCAAUCGAUAUGGAAUCAAGAUAGGUGGAUGGACAAGAUGAAUGAUCGUCAGAGGAUAGCUGUGGUGGUUGCAUUGUGGGCAUUGUGGAUUAGGUAUCUAUGGUGGGCAUUUGGAUGA